CUCGUAAACGUCUUUCAUCAGCUCAUCAGAAACAAACUUGUUAAGUCAUUUUUCCCUCUAAACUCCACGAAUCAAGAAGUUUCCAGGACAAUUUAGAAGUUUUGCCAACAUUCCGCGCGUUAAAUAGUGCCCCGCUGACGAAAUAGUUGCCAUUUGUACCACGAAAGCUGCUGCUGCUGGAGGACGAAGAAACCGCGUACGAACCAGGAAGUGUAAAUUGAAUUAAAUUACGCGCAGAUAAUCGAAAACAAGGCUUUGAAAAAUGGAGUUCCCUCAUUUGGGCAAACACUGCUCGGAAAAGUACUGCCACAAGCUCGAUUUCCUGCCGAUGAAGUGCGAUGCUUGUGGAGAAAUUUUCUGCUCGGAGCACUUCAGCUACCAAACGCAUUCCUGCCUGUCGGCCAGCCGCAAGGACGUCCAGGUGCCGGUCUGUCCGCUGUGUAGCGAACCGGUUCCCACGCCGCGGGACGUUUCACCGGACGUAACCGUGGGCGCCCACAUCGAUCAGUUUUGCCGCUCGGAGAAGAAGAAAAUCUACACCAAUCGGUGCACGUUCCGGAAUUGCAAGAAAAAGGAGCUGAUUCCGGUGUCCUGCACGGUUUGCCGGGCAAACUUUUGUCUCAAACAUCGCCAUACGAGCGAUCACGACUGCCCCGGAACAGCCGCAAACAGCAGUCGAACCCCGGCCAUCGCACCCAUCUUCAGCCAAACCGCCCAAGCCGCCCUGCAGCGACAGCAGCGCCAAGCAUCCGUCCCGGUGCGUUCCGUCGCGGGUACCACCGUUGCGGCCAUCCAGGGAACCAUGUCGGAGGAUGAGGCGCUUGCGAGGGCACUGGCGCUUUCAAUGCAGGAAGAAGAGGAGGCCAGCGCGAGGGCGUCCCGGGGCAACGGAAAUGCGUCCCGCAGCAGCAUUCCAGUCGGAGGGAGCGGCGCAAGUACGAACGCGGCCGGCGCCAAGGACAAGUGCAAUCUGUCGUGAUUGCCGCGUGAGUGCCAACUUGAAUUGACAAUCGGUGGAAGGAGGCUGUUUUUUUUCAAAUGCCGGAAUUAAGACGCUGGGCAGUCCAAAGUGGAUCAGAAUGGUUUUUAAGAAAACUCGUUAUUAUCUACGUCGUACAGUAUAUUUGUAAGCUCGCUUAAAACCAAUGUAAUCGCCCGAGAUUUAUCAGCUAUUUAAUAGAUGUGUAGAAAAAUA